CCGCCUGCGGUCCUGCGCGCGGCCGGGGCUUGUGGCUGCGAGACCAGGCGAGGGGCGGCUAGGAGGAGAGGCCGGGAGAAGCCCGGCGAGCGAUCUUCCAGCGGCUGGUGGGGCGGAAAAGCCCACCCCCGACUCAAAUCCACAAUAAUAUUCCAAACUAUUCAUAAUAAGGAGCAGUUUUUUUUUGGCUGGGCGAGAGGGAGAAAAGGGGAGACGGGAGGAAGCGAAAUCUCCGUUUCAUGGAGGCUGAGGCAAGAGAAAUUUUCGGAGCCUGGAUGUGGAGGAGCAAAACAGAACUAACUCAGGAAAUUGUCUUUCUGAAAAAGGCCGAACCUGGGCUGGGUCUGAGAAUCAGGCUGGGGUAGCUGGAGAAACCUGCAAGUUUAAAGGAAAAAGAAAAGGAGAAAAUAUUUUCAGAGAUUUUCUCUGGUUUGUGGUUAUUGCUACCAUUUUAAAGAAAAGGCAUAACAUUUCAGGUGUUUUUUGAAUUUUUUUUUUUUUUUGGUGCGAUUGGCUCAUUUCAGAAUUUCAAAACCUUUCAUGUAAGAGCUUUUUUAAAAAGGAAAUUCAUAAUUUUGAUUUCCAGGGUUGCACUGGACUUGGAAGGAGUGCCGUUGUGUACAUACUAUUGUAUGGUUUUAUUUAUUUUUCACUGUGCAAAUAAGCUGGAAGAUUUUUUUCCAAGUGCCAAUUCGGAUUUAUCCUUCUUUUUUUAUUCUUCCCUCAAAUAUAUUUGUUGUCGUUUUAAGCAUUGGAAACCAGAGAAUUUUUCCCCCAUUGGAGCUCGAGGCUCUCUUGCCAACAGCUGGGAAAACUGGAUUAAAGGAUGGGUUUUAUCUGUAUUUUGCAGUUAAGACUGAUAUUUUGAAGUCACAUUCUUCCUGUGAUUCAUUUGUGUUAGCCCAUAGCGCUAACCUUGAAGAGAUUUGUGGUUGGGUUUUUGGUUUUGAAGAAGGUCCUAGUUUUUCCUUUUUCUUUCUUUUCUUUUCUUUUUUUUUAAGGGGGGAGGGGAAGAGGGGGCUAAGAAAGGAGGAGACCAUGUUAACUGGUGGAAGUAGAACGGAGCUUCAGUUACCAGGGUCCUGAGAGCCCUCGGCAAAAGGACUGUGUCUUCAGGGAGGCCCUCCUCUCACCUUAAAAAUUGCAAGCAAUUCAUUCCUGAUCAAGACAUCAAAACUACUGGAUUCUGGAGCCGUGGAGACGCUGAGAAACCAUGAGUGUAAGGUUACCCCAGAGUAUAGACAGGUUAAGUAACCUGUCUUUGGGAGAUUCGGCGCCUGAACGCAAGUCUCCUUCCCACCACCGCCAGCCCUCUGACACCUCUGAGACAGCAGGUCUUGUUCAACGCUGUGUCAUCAUCCAGAAGGACCAACAUGGCUUCGGCUUUACAGUCAGUGGGGACCGCAUCAUCCUGGUGCAGUCUGUGCGGCCUGGAGGUGCAGCCAUGAAAGCUGGUGUGAAAGAGGGCGACCGGAUCAUCAAGGUGAACGGCACCAUGGUGACCAACAGUUCACACCUGGAGGUGGUGAAGCUUAUCAAAUCUGGUGCCUAUGUUGCAUUGACGCUCCUGGGCUCUUCACCCUCGUCCAUCGGUGUCUCCGGGCUUCAGCAGGACCCAGCAGGAGCUGCCCGAAUCACCCCUGCGAUCCCACCACCACCACCUCCUCCACCACUGCCACCACCACAGCAUAUCACAGGACCCAAACCUCUGCAGGAUCCAGAAGUUCAAAAACAUGCCACCCAGAUCCUUAGGAAUAUGCUGAGGCAGGAGGAACAGGAGUUACAGCGUAUCUGUGAGGUGUAUAACCGGAAACCCGCUAGCGAGCUGGAAGAACAGAUGGAAGGUGCCCGACGGCGAGUCUCCCAAUUACAGCUGAAGAUCCAGCAGGAGACUGGUGGCUUAGUGGACGUGCUUCCACUCUGUGGUGACACCAGCCAGAGAGCAUCAGAAGGCCGACUCUCCCUGGAUUCACAAGAGGGGGACAGCGGCUUGGACUCUGGGACAGAACGCUUCCCUUCCCUCAGCGAGUCAUUAAUGAAUCGGAACUCAGUACUGUCAGACCCCGGGCUAGACAGUCCACGGACCUCCCCAGUGAUCAUGGCCAGGGUUGCCCAGCACCACAGGCAGCAGGGCUCUGAUGCACCCGUCCCACCCACUGGCAACCAGAGUGCAGAUCAAAGCUCAAAACCUUUAAUUAUUGGCCCAGAGGAAGAUUAUGACCCAGGGUAUUUCAACAACGAGAGCGACAUCAUAUUCCAGGAUCUUGAGAAACUUAAGUCACGGCCAGCUCACUUGGGGGUUUUUCUCCGUUACAUCUUCUCUCAGGCAGAUCCCAGUCCACUGCUUUUUUACUUAUGUGCAGAAGUUUAUCAGCAGACAAACCCCAAGGAUUCCCGAAACUUGGGAAAAGGCAUCUGGAAUAUUUUCCUAGAGAAAAAUGCGCCUCUGAGGGUGAAGGUGCCAGAGAUGUUACAGGCUGAAUUAGACGCGCGCCUGCGGAGUGGUGAGGAUGCUCGUGCCCUUCUCUGUGAUGCCCAGGGGGCAGCCAUGCCAGAAAUCCAGGAGCAGAUCCUUGACUACAGAACCAAGCGCACCCUGGGGCUGGGCAGCCUAUAUGGUGAGAACGACCUGCUGGACCUGGACGGGGACCCUGCCCGAGAGCGCCUCGUGACUGAGAAGCAGCUGGCUGCCCUAGGGGAUAUUUUAUCCAAAUACGAGGAAGACAGGAGCGCCCCCAUGGACUUUGCCGUCAGCACCUACAUGAGCCAUGUUGGGAUCCGUCUUCGAGAGACACGACCCUCCAACACAGCCGAAAAGGCCCCAUCUGCUCCUGACAAGGACAAGUGGCUGCCCUUCUUUCCAAAGACCAAGAAGCAGAGCAGCAAUUCCAAGAAAGAAAAGGAUGCCUUGGAGGACAAGAAGCGAAAUCCCAUCCUCAAAUACAUUGGGAAGCCCAAAAGCUCUUCCCAGACCACAUUUCAUAAUCCCUUGUCCCCUGUGGAAGUCAAACCUGGCAACGUGAGGAACAUCAUCCAACACUUUGAGAACAACCAGCAGUAUGACACCCCGGAACCUGGAACACAGCGACUCUCAACAGGAAGCUUCCCUGAGGACCUGCUAGAGAGUGACAGUUCUCGCUCAGAGAUUCGCCUGGGCCGCUCUGAGAGUCUGAAGGGCCGGGAGGAGAUGAAGCGGUCACGGAAGGCAGAGAAUGUACCCCGCUCUCGCAGUGAUGUCGACAUGGAUGCUGCUGCUGAGGCUGCCCGCCUGCACCAGUCAGCCUCAUCCUCCGCCUCCAGCCUCUCUACCAGGUCUCUAGAGAACCCAACUCCUCCCUUCACCCCUAAAAUGAGCCGCAGGAGCAUUGAGUCCCCCAGCUUGGGUUUCUGCACAGACGCCCUCCUUCCCCACCUCCUAGAGGAUGACCUGGGCCAGCUGUCUGACCUGGAGCCAGAGACAGAUGCCCAGAACUGGCAGCAUACAGUGGGCAAGGAUGUGGUGGCCGGGCUAAGCCAGAGGGAGAUUGACCGACAGGAGGUCAUCAAUGAGUUGUUUGUGACAGAGGCCUCCCAUCUGCGCACACUCCGGGUCCUAGACCUCAUUUUCUACCAGAGAAUGAAGAAGGAGAACCUGAUGCCCCGAGAGGAGCUGGCCCGACUCUUCCCCAACCUGCCUGAGCUCAUCGAGAUCCACAAUUCCUGGUGUGAAGCUAUGAGGAAGCUCCGGGAGGAGGGCCCCAUCAUUAAAGAUGUUGGUGACCUCAUGCUGGCUCGGUUUGAUGGCCCCGCCCGGGAGGAACUGCAGCAGAUGGCAGCUCAGUUCUGCUCCUAUCAGUCCAUAGCCCUGGAGCUGAUCAAAACCAAGCAGCGCAAGGAAAGCCGAUUCCAGCUCUUCAUGCAGGAGGCCGAGAGCCACCCUCAGUGCCGGCGGCUGCAGCUUCGAGACCUCAUCAUCUCUGAGAUGCAGCGGCUCACCAAAUACCCACUGCUGCUGGAGAGCAUCAUCAAGCACACAGCAGGUGCCACCUCUGAGCAUGAGAAGCUGUGCCGGGCCCGGGAUCAGUGCCGGGAAAUUCUCAAGUAUGUGAAUGAAGCAGUGAAACAGACAGAGAACCGGCACCGGCUGGAAGGCUACCAGAAACGCCUGGAUACCACCUCCCUGGAGAGGGCCAGUAACCCCCUGGCGGCAGAGUUCAAGAGCCUGGAUCUUACAACAAGAAAGAUGAUCCACGAGGGACCCCUGACCUGGAGGAUCAGCAAGGAUAAGACUUUGGACCUCCACGUGCUGCUGCUGGAGGAUCUCCUAGUGCUGCUGCAGAAACAGGAUGAGAAGCUGCUGCUGAAGUGCCACAGCAAGACCACCGUGGGCUCCUCGGACAGCAAACAGACCUUCAGCCCAGUGCUCAAGCUCAAUGCUGUGCUCAUCCGCUCUGUGGCCACAGAUAAGCGAGCCUUCUUCAUCAUCUGUACCUCCGAGCUGGGUCCACCCCAAAUCUAUGAGCUGGUCGCAUUGACGUCAUCAGACAAGAACACAUGGAUGGAGCUCUUAGAAGAGGCCGUGCGGCAUGCCACCAGACAUCCUGGACCUACCCCGACGCCCAUCCAGCACCCAGCCCAGGGCCCACCUACCCACCAGAGCCCCCGACCCAGCAGGGUAGAGUUGGAUGACUCAGAAGUAUUCCACAGUGAACCUGAACCCGAGGAGCUACCUGCCCGCACUGGGCCACAGGAGAGGGCCACAGCGAUGCACCCAGCACUGCUAGAGGACCCUGGGCAGGAGAGCAGUAUAGGAGAAGAGCUGCAUGCCCUGCCUCACCCUCCUGUGUCCCUGGAUGCAGAGAACAGGGGAAGCAGGACGAGAAACCCCAUCCUCUUGCCCCUCCCAGACCCGCUGUUCAUGGAAGGCCUCGCUGAUGCAGCCCUAGAAGACGUGGAGAGCCUUCGGCACCUGAUCCUCUGGAGCCUGCUGCCAGGUCAGCCCAUGGAAGCACAGGCUGCCAGGGAGCCCGAGGAUGACCUGACACCUACAGCUUCUGUCAUCAGCAUCACCUCUCACCCCUGGGACCCUGGCUCCCCAGGGCAAGCUCCCACUGUAGGUGACGGUGACAGCACCCAGCUCCCAGGAGCAGAGCAGGAGGAUGUAGCUGGCUGUUCUCUGGAACACCUGCCCCCAAGGACAAGAAAUUCGGGUAUUUGGGAGUCUCCUGAGCUAGACAGGAAACCAGAUGAAGAGGCUUCAAGCACAGAGGCAACAGGAAGUUACAAGGUUGUGAGAAAAGCUGAAGUGGCAGGCAGCGAGGCUGUCCCUGUACUACCAGAGAGUGUCCAGUCAGGGCCUGAGCCACCUGAAGUGGAAGGCGGAGCAAAGGCCACGGGGAACUGUUUUUAUGUCAGCAUGCCAGCAGGACCCCUGGAUUCAAGCACUGACCCCUCAGGGGCACCCAUAAGCCCCUCCCAGCCCAUCAGCCUGCCUGCGUGGCAGACAGAACCUCAGUGCCAGCAGCAGCAGGGCAGCCAUGAGGAUCAAAGGCGUCCCACCCGCUCUCCCCCGAGUCUGGCCCUCAGGGACGUGGGCCUGAUCUUCAGCACCAUUGAGCAGCUCACUGUCAAACUCAACAGGCUCAAGGACAUGGAGCUGGCCCACAGAGAGCUGCUGUGCUCCAUUGGGGGAGAGUCAUCUGGUGGCACCACACCUGUGGAUAGUUUUCACACAGAGGCCACCAGAUGGACGGACAGCUUCCUGUCACCUCCAGCCAAGGAGCCCCUGGUUGCUGACUCCAGGGACAGCCACGAACUAGGGCCUUGCCCUGAGGAUGGCACUGACACCCUCCUGGAAGACAGCACACCUGAUGCGACCACGUCCCCAGGACUGUAACUGUUGAAUCCACCAAUCCUCUGUUUCCCUACUCCUCUCGGGACUGGCCUGAGGCAAGGGCACGGGUGAGGAGCCCCGACAUCCUCUCCCUGGUAGAGGCAGUUGAAGAGACUGGGAUCCAGCCGAGACCCUCCGCAUGUUGCUUGGUCUGCCCAGAUCGGAGCUUUCAGUGUCUUUCCCUCCCCUCAGCCCACCCCUGCAAGGCCCUGCGUCUCCUAAGCAUGCUGAUUGCGUCUGAGCCCUCGUCCCACAUAGGUGUGUCCACCUGUAUGUGUGGGUGCCCUCAGACAUGCAAGGGGAAAAAGGCUUCAAGUAAAUGCACUUUUCUCUCUCCCCCCACAGGACCCCAAGGCUGAGGUGGGGUGCCUCCACCUCUCCUGUCACUUUGGUUUCCUAUAAAUAUGUAUGUAUUGUAUGUGCAUCUUUGCUGUUGUAAAUAACUGACCUUUUUUUCUGUUCCUGGGGUGCUGGAGACGGUUACAGAAGGGAUCACUGUGGAAAAGGUUUGCUUUUAUCUCCUAGUUAACAGCCCAGCUCCCCUGUGGGUAGGAAGGUCUCCUGGCUUCCCACUGACCUAGCCCCAGAGCCUGCUUGGUGCCGUGCUAAUCCCUCCCUUUUUGCUCCCUACUUCCAGGAAUUCCCAUCUUCAAGGGAAUUUCUCUCACCCACCCCUACAACCAUGUCUACCCUCCCCACCCUCUGUAUGAAAAAAACAGUAUAUCAGGUACGGAGCUGAAAACUGGGCCCCAGGAGGUGGGGGAGGGGGUUGAAUGCUGGAGUCCCUGAAUUAACCCAGGACCAUCCCCAGGGGCCACCACAACAUUGGCCCCGACUACCAUGUCCACUCCUCUCCCCACUGACGACUAGAAUAUACACACUGUGCUAGGUGUAUAUAUACAUAUAUAUAUAUAAAUAUAUAUAUAAUAUAUAAAAUAUAGAUAUGGAAAUGACUGUUUUGCUGUUAAAAUAAUGUAUACUCUUAUUUUCUUCCUUUCAUGGUUAAGAUUUU